AUGGCUACGUCUAUACUUGGGGAAGAGCCAAGAUUUGGGACCACUCCUUUGGCCAUGCUGGCUGCCACCUGUAACAAGAUUGGGAACACCAGCCCCCUGAGCAGUCUGCCAGAAUCCAGCGCCUUCGCUAAGGGAGGCUUCCACCCGUGGAAAAGGUCCUCGUCCAGCUGCAGCCUGGGCUCCAGUCUUGGGGGAUUCACAGUCGCCACCAGCAGGGCCUCCAGCGCUCUAACUGGAGGGAGUGCCACCGCCAAUAGCGCCUUCUGCCUGGCCUCCACCUCCCCCACCUCCUCCUCAGCCUUCAGCAGUGACUAUAGUGGCCUCUUCUCCAAUGCCUCUGGGGUUUCCCCGCAGGAAGCAGCAAGCCAGUCCGCCUUCAUCUCCAAAGUGCAUGGGGCAGCGGAUGGACUGUACCCCCGCGUGGGCAUGGCUCACCCAUAUGAGUCCUGGUACAAGUCAGGCUUUCACUCCGAGGUGGCCAAUGGGGCCUCAGCCUGGUGGGAUGUGCACGCUGCCAGCCCCAGCACCUGGUUAGAGGUGCAGAACCCCCCGGCCGCCGCAGCUGCUCUGCAAGGGGCCCUACAUUCUGGGGGGCCCCAUAGCCAGACCCACUCAGCCUUCAGCUCCACCGGGCUGGGUUCCAGCGCUGCCUCCCACCUGCUCUCCACCGGGCAGCAUCUACUCUCCCAAGAGGGCUUCAAGCCGGUACUGCCCUCUUACCCGGACUCUGGCACCUCUAUGCUCUCAGGGGCCUCUGGAGCGGGCAACGGAGCUACAGGACGCUCCGCGCGCAGGUAUUCCGGCAGAGCUACGUGCGAUUGUCCGAACUGCCAGGAAGCGGAGCGGCUGGGUCCCGCGGGGGCAAGCCUUAGAAGAAAAGGUCUUCACAGCUGCCACAUCCCCGGCUGCGGCAAAGUGUACGGCAAGACGUCGCAUCUGAAGGCUCACCUGCGCUGGCACACGGGGGAGCGACCCUUCGUCUGCAACUGGCUCUUCUGCGGAAAGAGGUUCACCCGUUCAGACGAGCUCCAGAGGCACCUCCGCACCCACACACCGGAGAAGCGCUUCGCCUGUCCCGUCUGCAACAAGCGCUUCAUGCGCAGCGACCAUCUCAGCAAACACAUCAAGACGCACAACGCAGGAGGAGGCGGCGGGGGCAAGAAGGGCAGCGACAGCGACACAGACGCCAGCAACCUGGAGACCCCGAGAUCAGAAUCCCCAGAACUCAUCCUGGAGGGGGUCCGGCCAGGGAAAGACUCAGGCAAUGACUCCUAG